GCGCCACCCUCCUCUCCUCCAUCAUCGCAGCCAACUCCAACAUCCUGAGCUCCAAUCUCCCACUCCAUUCCGGCCGCGCAUUCUCCCGCUCUCGAUCGAUCGAUCGAUCAUGGUGGUGCCUUCCGCGACGACGCCAGCGAGGCAGGAGACGGUGGUGGCGGCGGCGCCGCCAGCUGCGGCGGCGUCCGGUGUCGUCGGCGGCGGCGGCGGCGUGACGAUAGCGACGGUGGACAUGUCGGCGGAGCGCGGCGCGGUGGCGAGGCAGGUGGCGACGGCGUGCGCGGCGCACGGGUUCUUCCGGUGCGUCGGGCACGGCGUGCCGGCGGCGGCGCCCGUCGCGGCGAGGCUGGACGCCGCGACGGCGGCGUUCUUCGCGAUGGCGCCGGCGGAGAAGCAGCGCGCCGGGCCGGCGAGCCCGCUCGGGUACGGCUGCCGGAGCAUCGGGUUCAACGGCGACGUCGGCGAGCUGGAGUACCUGCUCCUCCACGCCAACCCCGCCGCCGUCGCGCACCGGGCCAGGACCAUCGACGCCAUGGACCCCUCUCGCUUCAGUGCUAUUGUGAAUGAGUACAUUGAAGCCAUGAAGAAGCUCGCAUGUGAGAUCCUGGACCUGUUAGGAGAGGGGCUAGGUCUCAAGGACCCCAGAUACUUCAGCAAGCUUACCACAAACGCUGACAGUGACUGCCUCCUGAGGAUCAACCACUACCCUCCAUCAUGCAACAUUCACAAACUUGACCAUGAUGACCAAUGCAAUAUCAAGAGCCUUGUUAGCACCAAGGCUAGCAAUGGUGGGAAUCUGAUGGCAGGUGGGCGCAUUGGGUUCGGCGAGCACUCUGACCCGCAGAUCCUUAGCUUGCUCCGAGCAAACGAUGUGGAAGGGCUACAGGUGUUUGUGCCGGACCACGAGGGCAAGGAGAUGUGGGUUCAGGUGCCAUCGGACCCAUCGGCCAUUUUCGUCAAUGUUGGUGAUGUCCUCCAGGCUCUGACAAAUGGGAGGCUGAUAAGUAUCCGGCACAGGGUAAUUGCAACCGCCUGCAGGCCAAGGCUGUCCACAAUAUACUUCGCAUCACCACCCCUGCAUGCACGAAUCUCGGCACUCCCAGAGACAAUCACAGCCAGCAGCCCACGCCGAUACCGAUCAUUCACCUGGGCUGAGUACAAGACGACAAUGUACUCACUCCGCCUGAGCCACAGCCGCCUAGAACUCUUCAAAAUUGACGAUGAUGACAGCGACAAUGCCAGUGAGGGAAAAGCAUAGGAAUUGCUGGUUAAAUUGCAGACGAUGCCUAUGGACCAGUGGGGAUUAGGAAGCUGAAACUGUCCCCAAAAUUUUGGCUCUCUGGCAGUCUGGCUACUAUCGUCAGAUAUCUCACUAUUAUGAUGGUGUAGUGCCUAAGUUGACGGGUGUGUAAUAUCGUUAGCAGUCUACAGAAGCUAUGGUUGUACGGAAGUAAUGUACUGUCGCCUUUUCAGCUAACUAUCCAUGUUCUCUCUUAUAUGUAAUGAGUUAGUUGACGGAUGUGUAAUAUUGCUAGCAUUGUAUAUAAGCUAUGGUUGUAUGGAAGUAUGUAAUAUAGCCUUUUCAGCUAA